ACUACUGUCAAGUGGUGUUUGGGUGACAAAACGUUGAUUUUUCAUCAGAACAAUCCGGCGUUUUUACAAUUUACGCCAGGGUCUGGAAACGCUUUCUGUGUAUAAAAAGUUUGAUACAUCGACCUUCAACAUGUGGGAUCCUUCGGAGACUACCUUGUAUUCCAUGAUGAUGUUCUUGUUUAUGGAAACGAUCCUGGAGAUGUAUUUGACGAGGCGCCAGAUAAGUGUUUAUAAACAAUGUAAGACCGUCCCGAGAGAGCUUCAACAUGUGAUGAAUGGCGACACAUUCGAAAAGGCUCGUGUCUACGGAUUGGAUAAGGCUCACUACGGAAUGUUCAAAAUGAUAGUAUGCGAUAUCGUCAUACUACAGCUAGAGCUGUACUUUGGUUUCAUGGCCAUGGUAUGGGCUCGAUCAGUUGAAAUAGCCGAAAAUAUAGGGCUAAAUCCAAAAAGUGAGAUUCAGGUGGGAUGCCUUUUUGCCCUGAUACUUAACAUUAUUGGCAUAUUUAAGGAAAUGCCGUUCAAAAUUUAUGGUACCUUCGUGCUUGAGGAAAAGCACGGCUUCAACAAACAAACAGCCGGAUUCUUCGUGAAAGAUCAAAUUAAAACUUUCGUUGUUGCCCAAGCACUGACCAUUCCCGUGGCCGCUGCUUUCAUAUACAUUGUUCAAAUCGGAGGACAGUACUUCUUCAUUUGGUUAUGGGCGUUUGUGGCGGUCGUAUCGCUAGUACUCAUUACCAUCUAUCCGGUGUACAUUGCCCCAAUAUUUGACAAGUUCCGUCCCCUGGAAGACGGAGAGCUUAAAAAGAGCAUUCACGAUCUGGCAAGCAGUGUGAAAUUUCCUUUGGGCCAACUUUUUGUCGUCGAAGGUUCAAAGCGUUCUGCGCAUAGUAACGCUUACUUUACCGGAUUGUUUGGAGUGAAACGUAUCGUACUCUUUGAUACGCUCCUGGUCAACAAAGGAUUGCCUGCAGACGACCCUUCGCUUUCCGAGAGCGAUAAGGGCAAGGGUUGCAAGAAUGAGGAAGUAUUAGCUGUACUGGCACAUGAACUGGGCCACUGGAAGCUGGGACACGUUGCCAAAAAUAUUGUGAUUAUACAGCUGCAGAUGUUCCUGAUUUUCCUCGCGUUUUCAAAACUGUUCACUUAUGGUCCGCUUUAUGAAGCAGUCGGAUUACCUGCAGGCGAAAAACCCAUACUGAUAGGAUUCAUGGUAAUUGUGAUGUAUGUCCUAGCCCCCUAUAAUACAAUGAUCUCGCUCGCCAUGACCAUCAUGUCCAGAAGAUUCGAAUAUCAAGCAGAUGGUUUUGCCCAAGAGCUUGGAUAUGCUGACGAAUUGGGCAAUGCGCUUAUCAAACUGCAACUGGACAACCUUGGGUUUCCGGUGUACGAUUGGAUGUACUCGGCAUGGAAUCAUUCCCAUCCAACUGUGCUCCAGCGCCUUGAACGGUUGAAAAGCUUGAACAAAGAAGGACACAAAUCUAAAACCCAAUAAGAUGGCUGAAAGAUCUUAAUACCAAACACUUGGAUAUUGUAAUUCCAAGAUUUUUCAGUUAAUCAUCGAGACGAACGUAAAUUACACCAUAAUUCCGUACAAAAUAUUUUACCGCUCUUAAUCAUAUAACUUUUGUACAUCAACUUUCUGGACUAAAAUAUGCAGCUUAAAUGUGUGUCAGUUUGCAUUACAUUGCAAACGUUUAGAUACUUUGCGGAAAAAUGUGAAAUAAAAUAAAUAAUAAAUAGACGCCAACGUUUCUCAAUCUUUUCCUUUGUCGAUAAAAUAUGUUCAUCAUCAUCAUCAUCAUCAAUAGCCACACAUUUCUCGUGCGAUUUUAUUUAAACUAGCUUUGGAGAGCCCAUCUCCUUGUACUUUCUUGUCGAGCACAAGACUAUAUGUUUUUUUUUUAUGCAGGAGUAACGGUCCAAAAAGGCCGUAUUGCUUAACUAUACGAUGUUUAUACCAUUUCAAUUUUUGAAAGACCUGCGUAUAGUAAACGUUUCUUUAGAGAAAUCAUCACACAUAAAGGGCAAAUUGAAAGAGAAAGAAGAAAAGCGCAGAGGCAGUAAGAGAAGAAGAAAGCAGAAAGUUAGAGAUAAUUGUGUAAAUGUGUCUGGUCAGUGCUUACGAACAAAAUUAAAAGGUUGCUUUAAAGCCUUACAUGGUUACACGAUUAAUCAAAGCGAAAAUGGAAACUUAACGGUCUGACAAAGAAAAAGAAUGACGGCCUGAAGGAAAAGUAGAUACACACAUGUAAACAAUAAAAUCGACAACUACUGUUUGAUACUACGAUAUGUAAA